AUGGGUGAGGGGAACUGGACGAUGGUCAUCGAACAGGUGGACGAGCAGCUUAUCGGCCGCGUGAAAUGCAUUGCUGCCAAUGAGCACGGAAAAGCAGAAUGUGAAUCACAGAUAAUCCUUACUGAAGCACGACCCGGAAAACCGAAAACGGAAGAAGGUUAUCCGCCGAAAUUCAAUGUACCACUGUGGGAUCGGCGUAUACCACCGGGACAAGUGAUGGCAAUCGAAUGCCAUGUUGAUGCAAAACCAACUGCCGAAAUCGUCUGGAUGAAGGAUGGUGUUGUUUUGGAAGAAUCGGAUCGGAUUGAAAUCCGUAACACACCGGAUGGAGCAUGCCGCGUACGCAUAAACGAUUUUGGUGAGGCGGAUGUUGGCACAUAUAAGUGUACUGCAACAAAUUCACUUGGUGUUGCCGACACUCGCUCGAACCUUAAAAUACAAGGUUGUCAUUGCAAAGAAACAAUUGGUUAA